AUGGCGGAGCAGAGCUGCUGAUCCGUUCACAGUAGCUAUUCUCAAUUUCACUCGCCCAUCAGAUCAUAUCUCUGCGGGCAAAAGAUGGAGUUCGAGAAGAUCAAGGUGGCCAACCCCGUUGUUGAAAUGGAUGGAGACGAAAUGACUCGAGUUAUCUGGAAAUUCAUCAAAGAAAAGCUUAUUUUGCCUUUCCUGGAGCUGGAUAUCAAAUACUUUGAUCUUGGACUGCCUAACCGUGAUUCCACUGACGAUAAGGUUACUAUAGAGAGUGCUGAAGCUACUUUAAAGUAUAACGUGGCUAUUAAGUGUGCCACGAUUACUCCUG